CGUUCAGCUGCUCCAGCUGUCGGUCUCCCCACUCACUCUCUCAGGGUCAUGCAGGCAGGAGUUUAAGGGACCACUUCUGUACGCCAGCUCAGCCGGGACGACCGCAGCCAGCAGAAGGACACACUGGCCAGAGGGAGACACAGAGACAGAAGACCCAUCCGAAACGGCUCAUCUAUACCACUUCUUGGCUGCUCUGUGCAUCACAAAGUCCGCUGCCUCUCCCAUCUUUUAAAGCAGCACUACUUGUCUGAUAGCUGUGUGUGUGUGUGUGUGUGUGUGUGUGUGUGUGUGCGUGCGUGUGUUUGUGUGUGUGUGCAUGUUGUACGCGUGUUCCUGUCCCGUCUCCGACAGAUUAGUGCACUAGUAUGCAGGGCGCUUGUGUGUCAAUCUUGUGCGUGUGCAUAUGUGUGUCUGUGCUCCUCCGCAGUGCUAUUUCACAGCCACCUACAGAAAGUGACACCUACACGGAAUGCACAGAUGGGUAUCAUUGGGACCCUCAGACUGAGCACUGCAAAGACAUAAACGAGUGUGAGACGAUUCCAGAUGCCUGCAAAGGGGAAAUGAAGUGCUUCAACCACUACGGAGGGUACCUGUGCCUUCCCCGCUCUGCGUCAGUCAUCCCAGCCCCAGAGCCCCCUAUCACGCCCGCCGUGACCAACCCCUGCCCUCUGGGCUACGAGCCGCAGGGAGACAGCUGUGUGGACAUCGAUGAGUGUGAGCGAGACGAACAUGACUGCCAGCCCAGCCAGCAGUGUAUCAACUCACUGGGUGCCUUCACCUGCCAGUGUCCGGAUGGUUACCGCAAGGUUGGCACAGAGUGCAUUGACAUCGAUGAGUGCAGGUACAGGUACUGCCAACAUCGCUGUGUCAAUGUUCCUGGCUCCUUCUCUUGUCAGUGUGAACCUGGUUUCCAGCUGGCAGGAAAUAACCGAUCAUGCAUCGAUGUGAAUGAGUGUGAGAUGGGUGCCCCCUGCUCUCAGAGGUGUUACAACACAUACGGCACCUUCCUGUGUCGCUGUGACCAGGGAUAUGAGCUGGGGCCUGACGGCUUUGCCUGUAACGACAUUGAUGAGUGCAGCUACUCCAGUUACCUGUGCCAGUACCAGUGUGUCAACGAGCCAGGGAAGUUCUCCUGUGUGUGCCCAGAGGGAUACCAGCUGCAAGGCACCAGACUAUGCCAGGAUAUAAAUGAAUGUGAAACAGGUGAACAUCAGUGCACGGACACACAGUCCUGUGUGAAUAUCCACGGACGGUACCAGUGCGUGGACACAAACCGGUGCCAAAGCCCUUAUGUACAAGUGUCUGAGAACCGCUGUGUGUGUCCCGUCAACAAGCCCGCCUGCCGAGAUCUGCCUUUCUCCAUCGUCCACCGCUACAUGAGCAUCACCUCAGAGCGCUCCGUCCCCUCUGACAUCUUCCAGAUCCAGGCCACCAGCGUCUCUCCGGGGGCUUACAACACCUUCCGCAUCCGCUCUGGUGAUGAAAAUGGAGACUUCUACAUCAGGCAAAUCAAUAAUAUCAGCGCCAUGCUGGUGCUGGCCCGUGCCGUGUCCGGGCCCAGAGAGUACACGUUGGACCUGGAGAUGGUGUCAGUUAACCCUCUGCUCAGCUACCAGGGCAGCUACCAGACCAGCUCCGCCCUCAGACUCUCCAUCUACGUCGGGCCGUACAAUUUUUAAAAAAGAAGAAGAAGAAGAGUGGAGGGACACAGAGUAAGAUGGAGAGAGAGAGAGCUGGGGAGAAACACAGACAAGGAGAAUGAAGCUGUAAAACAAAAGUCGUUGAUGCAGUCAAACCAGCCACUGUGAUUUUACACUCUUAACUUUUUCUACUUAGUCAUCCAAAGAAAGGCCCACAUGUCUGUCAGCCCACCGUGUUACGUGUAAGAAUAUACAUAUGAUACAGUAUACAAAUACAUUCAUGUCUCACAGAUAAAUAACACCCUUAAAACAAUUAGUCCGGUCUCAUCAGUUCCCUUGUGUAUAAUGUGUCCUGUUUCUUAGGAUGUCAUGUUUACUGUUAUUUUGUACUCAACACCUCUCUGACAGCCUCAUUCUGUGGUCAGUGUGUAUUAAACAGGGAUGUUACUCUGAUUUCUUUUCCUCACAUCUCUUCAGGGUGAUAACAAAGCUGCGUGGCAUAUUCUUCUGUCUGCCUUCAGGUGGAGUGAUUCACGCCCAGCCCCACUUAGAUUCAUCUGUUCCUGCCGGUUUACAUCCUUAUCUCCGGUUCCGCUCUGUUUGUCACUUUAUUCUGUAUCAGUAACCACUCAGAUCAGACCUCAGCAUCCAGGCUCCUCCUUCACCCUCCGCUGUUCGGUCCUAUGUUCAAGCUCUCCCUCACUGCCGUUUGUAGGUUUGUCACGUUGCUGAUCGUGUUGUACUUUUUU